AUGAAGAGCAGCAACUUCUUCAAGACAUUCAAGUUGGAGGUGCUGAGUGGUGUUCGCGAGUUGCCACUUGGAUUUAGGACGAUGAUUGCUGAGGGUGUGCCAGCGACUCAUCCACCUCUGCCAAGAGCGAGGAUAGAGACAUUGCAUUCGCCAGUGGCGUUGUAUGCUCGCGAGUUUGCCAAGGCCUAUCCAGAGAUUGGCUACCUCGAGAUGGACGACCCAUCAGAGGAGGGCGGCGACUUAUACAACCCACGCAGCGAGUUGGUCUUGUCCAAGCGCGCACAAUACCUCGACUCGCGCACGCCUUACGACUCGACCGACAUGGUUGAGGAGGACGCCGAGUUCACCGAGGCCGAGAUGGAGCUCGAGAUGACACAGGACGCCUUCAACUUUGCCAACGCCAAGGUGUUGGCCAUGAAGAAGGGUCUGUCCGAGAAGCAGGCUCAUCAACAGGCGUUGCGCGACACCUUCAACGACCUUGAGCGUCGUGAGCUCGAGUUGGACAUCAUUCGCAAACAAGCCAAGGCAAUGGGCAUCCCAGCAUUCGACCCACAGCGUCAUCUUCAGUAUCUUGACAGUCUCUACAAGACUGUCGUCGAGCGUCGUGACGAGUUCAGAUACAUCAUCCAGAGAGACGAGUUGGAGGAGGCACUACAGCUCAAGAAGGAGUAUGGUGAGAACUCACCAUUGACAUUCGAUCAGGUGUCAAAGUUCUCGCCAGAGGAGUUUGAUCAGUUCAUUGCUGAGCAUCCAGAGUACAAAGAUCUGUUGGCACAGGAGAUUACAAUGAAUGACCCUAAGAAUGACCGCAAGGGCAAGAAGGGCAAGCAGGCCGUCGAGGAGAAGCCAGCACAGACGACUCCCAGACUGUUCACACCAAUGCGUGUCGGACCCAUCUCAAUGAGAGACAUGGAGGGCAAGGGCUUUGUCGAGAUCAUGAUGAUGAUGGGCGACAACUUUGACCAUCCCGUCGCCGAGAUCGUCGGCAACUCUGACGAGAACCUGGCCGCUGGCCUCAACAUGUUUGGCGAGAAGUACUCCGAGGAGUAUAUGGAAAAGGAGGACGAGGACGACUACGAGGAAUCAGAGCUCACAUUGUUCAGAAGAUUCCUGGUACUCCGUCAGUUGCUGAUGGGACUGACACCCGAGGAGUUGGCCGCGAUCAAGAAGGACACUGGAAUGGAGGACAUUGUGGAGGAGGUGGACAAGGUCGUCCUCGAAAGCCACGAAUGGCUGCUCGAGCACAUCUCCAUGGCCAACAGCGAUAACCCCUACUUUGCCACCGAGCUCCAGAACGAGAACGGCUACGCGCCCUCGGACUACAGUUUGCAGCCAGCCAACACAGACAACAUGGCCUUCUUCUCCCAGUACAUCAAGCAGAACAACCUGCUGCUGCCAAUCUUCACCGGUAAGGAGUACGAUGCGGCCCUCAGCGAGACGUUCACCCAGGUGGAGAAGAUUCGCAACGACAAUGCGGACGAGAUGGACAAGUGGCUCACCGUGGGCGGAGAGGAUGAGGAUGGCGAGACGUUCCAGGAUGAGGACGGCGUCACUGGCUCUUUCCUCGACCAGGAGGUCGACAACCUCAAGCUCAAGCUCAAGGAGCUCGACCAGGAGAAGUGGAACAACCUGGACAAGGCACAGUUCAUCGCCGAUAUCUUUGCCAAGAACAGAUCACCCUUCCACGACAUGUCCGUCAACGAGCAGGGCAUCCUCACCAAGACCGACGCUCAGGACGACAGGAGGGACAUAUUCGAGACCAGCUUUGUCAAGGAGCUGUGGGCUGACACAGAGAGCAUCGCCUAUCCAGUGGCUUGCUCGCGCGAGGCCAUCAACCAGCUGAGCCAAGAGAACCAGAUCUCUCCGGAGCUAGCCAAGUACUUCAACCUAGAGAUCAAGCAGCAGCCCAUCAGCGCCGAGCCACUGUCCAACCUCAACUUCUACCGCUCCGACCUGUCCAACAUUAACACGUUCCAGGAGCUGUCCCGUUUCCAGGACGUUCCAGAGCCAUCCACCGUCGCCAAGAUCGACAAGUCUAAGUUCAACGAGGUGUUUGAGCGCACUCUGGACCAAUCUCUCAGCUCAAUCUACGUAGAUCCACACUCUGCUAACCUGGAGAAGCAUCGUCUGUCCAACCAAGAGCUGGUCGGUGACUUGUACAGGGAGGCUACUGGCCAAAAGAUGGAGGAGGAGAGCGAGGAGAGUGCCGACACACUCGACGAGGAGUCAAGGAAUGUGCUCCUGAUGAUUCAGACCCAGGACAAACUGGCGUCUACCACAGAGAAGAUGGCACAACUCAGACGACUUUUUGCCCUGGAGGAGCACGACAAGAUCAAUGAGCUGAUGGAGGAGAAGAGAGCUCUGCUGGGCAACAACAAGACCAUGGAUGACUACCUCUCGCUGAGCGAUGCCGAGUUUGACAACAUCCAGAAGAAACUGAGCGACAUUGACUACAACAUCAAGCGACUGCAAGCACUGUCAACUCUCAAGGAGAAUAUGGCCGUUCGUUAUUCCAACAACUAUCGUCUGCAAAAGGCUAAGGCUGCCGACAGAAUGAGACAGCUGCAAGAGAUUCAAGCCGGUCUCGAGAAGCGUCUGGCGAGAAUCGAGGAGGCCAUCCCAUCGAUCAGAGAGAUGAAGAAGAAUGGCACCUACAACAAGGCCGCCGAGAGAGCCGAGAAGCUGUACGAGGGUAUUGCCGCCGUCCAGGAGAACAACAAGCGCAAGGAGAUUCUGCAGAGCUACGAGUUGCCAGUGCCAAGCCCCGUGGUGCAAGGCAUCUGGCCCACGGUGGACGCCGCCACCAAGCGAAGAAUCCUCGCACAGUACAAGGAGCAGAAGCGUCAGGCAGCCGCUGCCGCCACCAAGGAGUCAGACAACCAAGUUUGGAACAACCUGGAGGUCCAGCCACCAACCACCCCAGCGCCCAAGGACUACAACUUCAAGAAGGGUGACAACUUGAAGCAAUACUUUACCAGCAAUUGA